CGUUUUAAUAAAACAAAUCUCAGCAGUCAAGCCAGUUCGACACCAGUAUCAGCAGAGAGGACGACGACUGAGAUGGGGGAAACGAAGACAGUGCAUUCACCUAUCGUCACUUACACUUCCAUAUUCUCGCUCCUCACGCUAUGCCCUCCCUUCGUCAUCCUGCUAUGGUAUACGAUGGUUCAUGCUGAUGGCUCAGUCCUGCAAACCUUUGAAUAUUUUAGGAAACAUGGCCUGCAGGGUCUCAAAAAUAUCUGGCCUGCACCUUCCCUCAUUGCUUGGAAGAUAAUUGCUUGUUUUGGUGCUUUUGAAGCCAUACUCCAGCUUGCACUUCCUGGAAAGAGGGUUGAAGGUCCGAUCUCUCCUAAUGGAAAUAUACCUGUCUACAAGGCAAAUGGGUUAUUAGCUUACGCUGUAACAUUAGUAACUUACCUCGGCCUUUGGUGGUUUGGAAUCUUCAACCCAGCAGUCGUGUAUGAUCACCUGGGAGAAAUUUAUUCAGCACUUAUUGUGGGAAGCUUAGUGUUCUGCAUUUUGUUAUACUUGAAAGGUCAUUUGGCACCAUCUUCUUCGGAUUCUGGUUCAUUAGGGAACUUCAUAAUUGAUUUUUAUUGGGGCAUGGAACUGUAUCCUCGUAUCGGCAAAAACUUUGACAUCAAGGUUUUUACAAACUGCCGAUUUGGUAUGAUGUCCUGGGCUGUUCUUGCCGUCACAUAUUGCAUCAAACAGUAUGAAAUGAAUGGUGGAGUAUCUGAUUCUAUGCUGGUGAAUACUGUGUUGAUGCUUGUCUAUAUCACUAAAUUCUUCUGGUGGGAAGCUGGGUACUGGAGCACUAUGGAUAUUGCACACGAUAGGGCUGGAUUCUACAUCUGUUGGGGAUGCUUGGUAUGGGUUCCCUCAAUCUAUACCUCUCCAGGGAUGUACCUUGUUAAUCAUCCUGUUCAUCUUGGUACCCAGCUUGCAGUUCUCAUACUGAUAUCUGGACUUCUUUGCAUCUAUGUUAACUAUGACUGCGACAGACAAAGGCAAGUCUUUCGCAGAACCAACGGGAAGUGUUUGAUUUGGGGGAAAGCUCCAUCAAAGAUAGUUGCUUCCUAUAAGACUGAGCAAGGGGAGACGAAAACUAGUCUUCUCCUGAUUUCUGGAUGGUGGGGUGUAUCUCGUCACUUUCACUAUGUGCCCGAGAUAUUAGCUGCAUUCUUCUGGAGUGUACCAGCACUUUUUAACCAUUUCCUACCUUAUUUCUAUGUGAUAUUUCUCAUUAUUCUCCUCUUGGAUCGAGCGAAAAGGGAUGAUGAUCGAUGUUCAUCUAAGUACGGAAAGUACUGGAAGAUGUACUGCGACAAGGUGCGUUACAGGGUCGUACCUGGGAUUUAUUAAAUAUUUCUGCUCGGUUAAGAUUCACAUGCUAAGUCAGAUAAAAAAGAUGGUAUCCUUGUAUUCAAAUUUAUGCAAGUGUGCGCUCAUUGAGUCAACCCUUUACCAUGUAGCAUAAUGAAAUGUAGUCUAGACAAUCUGACGUUCUGUGGGAUUCCUUGGCCGUUUACGCAGUCUAUCUAGCUUUAUACUCUUUGUAUCGUGGUUGAUGUAGAGAGACGUUGGAUUGGUUUUUGGAAUGCUUUGCGUUGCCAGUAGUUUAUGAUGGUUGAAUGUUAUGCUGAGAA